UGUGAUUAGCUUGUGUUGUGUAUUUUUCGUAAUAUUAUUUAUUUUGUAUUUAUUUUAUUUACCAUACCAUGUCAUCUUCAAAGGUAUCUCAGUUAGGUCUCGACGAUAUAUCCAACAUUGACAUCACAUUGAUGAUGCUCAGAAAACCAACUGAAUUGAAAAAGGUAAUCGAUUCAAUACCCAAGCCGGUGAGAGCGGUUCCAAAAAAUGGACUACCAUUGUGGUAUAAAUUGGGCCUGGAAUGCAAACUGCCGGUGCCCAGAAUGCCCGUUGGAAAAAUUAUAUUCGCAAGAGGAAAAAUUGGCGAAGACGUGCGGCGUCUCGGUCUCGGCGGUAGCGGCCCCCAGCCAACCUUCGACCUGACCGACCCUUACUGCAACAACGUAUCCUAUGACUAUGUGCCCAUGCACGAUCCACACCUCGCGCAUCAUUUCGCACAGAAAACAACCAGAAAUAGAAUGAAAUUCCUCGGCUUUUGCACUAAAGAUGGUAGAGCUGUUUGCUCUUUGAAGGAAUUCAAUCAGUACAGAAAAUAUUUAUAUAAUCAGUUUAUGGAUAGAAUACAUCAGGAAAUGAAGCGCUUGGAUGAACGAGCGAGAGACGACUUGACCCUAAAGCGAGUAGAUGCGGACGUGGCUCGCAGGCUUCAUACAUUCGCAAAAGCUGAGAAAUCUAGAGAACAUCUUGAGAAGGUGGCGCAAGAACAUGCUGAUGAGUGGGCAGAGAAAAGGAGACUUGCCAGGGAACAAGAAAAGAAGAUUCAGGCUAGAAUGCAGUAUUUAGCAGAGUUCAACGAAAAACAACGCAAAGAAAGGGCUUCACGUGCUCACGAGAAACAGAAUAGAAUUAAGCAAAGAGUGCAAGCAGCAGCCGAGAUGGAACUACGAAGGAAAAUCACCAUGGUCCGGCAGUGGAGAACGAACGAGAGAAAAAGAUUGAGCAGGCUAAAGCACGAGAGAGAAGCAAAACAAAAACGAUUAGAGGAAGAGGCAAAUAACAAAUGGACGGCGCGCGUCACAGCGCAGAAUCAGAAGAUACAAGAAGAAGCGCUACUUCUCAAGUUGUAUACAGAAGACAUGACCGCAGGCGCUACACGACGAGCAAAGAAAGCUGAAAUAUACGCGUAUAAUAACGACUUAGAACUACAACGCAUCAGGCUUGCGAAUUGGAAACUGAUACACGGAGGUCACGCGAAGGCUGCCAAACUCGUCAAAAAGAUGGGCCUCGAGUUUGAAAAGUCAAAACGUGGCGCCAAGAGCAUGAGUUCAGAAUUAGCACAACAGUUAGCUGCUGAAGCUAUGUCUGCUGCUGUCUCGACUCUUGGAGACCCACUUAUGACCUUAGGACAAGCUCGGGCGAGGAUGGACAUGGAAACUGUAUUGCCGUCUCCACCAAUUAAACUUCUUGAUGAGAUGCUUGAAAAUGCGGUAAUUGAAUUUGCUCGGCGGCGCGUCAACUUGCUGCUCCGUGACGUGGAACGGGUGGUGCGCUCUAGAGCAGCACACGUAUUUUUCUUAAAUUACCGACCAGAGAAAUCUAAAAAAGGUGCAAAGAAAACUCCACGGUGGUCCGUUCAGAUUGCUACAGAACUCGCUCGACAGUACGUGAACGUACGAGGUGCGUCCAUACUCUUUGGGGAAAUAGUGGACAUACCACCCGAGACUACUACCGAUUUGGAAAUGAAGAGUGUUAGAGAUCGACCACCAACACCAGUUCCGUCGAAGUCAAAGUUGGCGGAGGUGACAUUCUCAGACCGAGUUGAAGAUCUACCUGAUCCUGUGUCGGUUGGAAGUUAUCUGCCGGAACGCAGAAGAUUGCUUGAAAUGGUGAACGCUGCCGCCAAACUUCUAUCGAGAUCUGUAAGUCAGAAGGUGCAGAAAGGCAUGGAUAUAACUAUCGGCAAAGUAACACUACCACACAUGAGACAUCCAAUGGAAUGGGGCGAGGCUGUGGAAGGUCUUUCCUCUGCGGUGGUCAACAACCGCGUACACGGCGACUGCGCAGAUGUCCGCCGCACCAGCGAGUACCUCUCGCAUCGCAUCUUACGCUCCCUGCUCAUUGAGAUGAAGCACGAGAAACAGAGGGGUAAAAGCCCUGUAUCAUCUGGUUCGGACAUCGAAAUAAAAGACUUCUACGUGCCUGGACAAGUAACGAACAAUAAUGCACAUUUAGAAGACGACGCACAAUAAUGAAUAUCCAUUAUAAACGUUAAUGAAAAAUUUCAUUUCGUCUAGAAACUUCAAUUAUGCGGAAUCGUGAUAAAUUGUUAUACAGAAAAAUAUAUUCAAUUUUUCAAUUACAAUUUCUUAAGUCUUUGUUUGA